CGCACUCUGCGACGGCACACGCCGCUCCGGCGUCCAGCAAAUCCACGGCCCUGCUGAAUUUGUCUCGCCGCUCAUCGACCCUGUUUCACUAUUUGGAACUGAAUUAUCUCAUCCAGCGAUUCCAGGUCCCCGUAGCGCCAUGAACCUGCCGACGCCGCUCCCGCCCACCAGCUCCCCGGCCGCGGCUCCCCGCGCCAGCCGUGCGCCUGUCGUGCCUGCUGCCCGACGCGGCACCGGCCGCCGGCGUCGGCGGCAGAAACCGUCUUCGUCCCCGUCCACCCGCGAGACCGAGGCCGAGUACGAGCAGCCGGACGCCCUCGCCCGCAUCCUCCGCACAGAGGCCGCCAUCUCGGGCGUCUCCCGCAAGGCUGCGGCCGCGCGGCAGCAGUCCACGAACCUUUGGCCCCGCGCCGUCCUCGAGGCCCUCGACUCCGCUGUCGCCGCCUGCCGCUGGGAGUCCGCCCUCGAGAUCUUCGAGCUGCUGCGGAAGCAGCACUGGUACGAGCCGAGGUCGCAGACCUACGCGCGGUUGCUGAUGAUGCUCGGCAAGUGCCGGCAGCCCGGUCCCGCCGCCGGCCUCUUCAGGGAGAUGCUCUCGGAGCGGCUCCGGCCGACGGCAGACGUGUACACGGCGCUUAUCGGCGCGUACGGCUACAGCGGCUUGCUGGAGCACGCGCUGGCCGCUGUCGAGCAGAUGAAAGGCGCCGCUGACUGCAAGCCGGACGGGUACACCUUCUCCGUCCUCGUUGAUUGCUGCGCCAAGUCGCGCCGCUUCGAUCUGAUCCCUGCCGUUCUCGACGAGAUGUCGUACCUGGGGAUCGAAUGCAAUUCGGUUAUCCACAACGCGAUAAUUGACGGGUACGGCAAGGCCGCCAUGUUCGAGGAGAUGGAGGGUGCGCUCUCCACCAUGCUUGAGAGUGGUAGCAAUGUGCCGGACAUUUACACCAUGAACUCCGUCGUCGGGGCGUAUGGCAACCAUGGAAGAACAGAUGAGAUGGAGAAGAGUUACAGUGAGUUUCAGCUGAUGGGUGUUGAGCCAGAUACCAAGACGUUCAACAUCAUGAUCAGGUCUUAUGGUAAGGCUGGCAUGUAUGUCAAGAUGAUGUCGAUAUUCAGAUACAUGAAGAAACGGUUCUUCUCACCAACUGCCGUUACCUUCAACACAGUAAUAGAGUGUUUCGGACGUGCUGGCGACAUCGAAAAGAUGGAGUACUAUUUCCGUCUUAUGAAAAUUCAGGGUGUCAAACCCAACCCCAUCACCUACUGCUCGCUGGUUAACGGGUACAGCAAAGCCGGGCUUCUUGAUAAGGUUGCGGGGGUCAUUCGACAGACCGAGAACACUAAUGUUGUCUUGGACACACCAUUCUUUAACUGUGUGAUAAGCGCAUAUGCCAAGUCUGGGGAUAUCAAAAUCAUGGAGGAGAUGCUGCAGCUUAUGAAGGAGAAGAGGUGCAAGCCUGACAGAAUAACUUAUGCCACCAUGAUUCAGGCAUACACUGCACACGGGAUGGAUGAAGCUGCUAUGUUGCUGGAGAUAGAAGCUGAAAGAUUUGAUAAACGGUUGCUGGGAUCGGUUUCUGACAUUGAUGGCAAAUAAUGCAUACAACCAUUAGUCCUAAUCUAAGGCCGGGGAAAAGAUGUUGCUGCGCAAGAGGUGCUUUUGGUGGAGAUAGCUUGGAAUCCAUCCACAACCGGAUCUGAACAAAAGGGUCGGGCCAAUUGGAUGCAGAGCCAUGCAGAUAGCAAGGAAAGCAGAUAUCUAUAACCCUUUCUAAAUUCCUGGUCCGAUAAUUAGUUCCAUGCUCAGGUAAUCCAUCUGUUUGGGGCUCAUAUUUAGGAUCACUGUUCAACAAGACAUCUGGUCAGUUUGGUCACUAUGUUGUCACCACUGAUGUGCUGGAUAUAUUUCUUAUUGGCAAACCGAAUUCUGUUGCCGGUAAGCAUGUCGUCACCGAGUUUGGUCACUACGUUGUCACCAAAAGGCCACACAUGCCACUGUGCUGAUCCUAUUGCCAGUUGUAGCAGCCUCCAAGUGAGACUGGGAGGCUGGGGAUCGAGAGCAUGAAGCAAGCAGCAUGGAUGACGCUGUCAGCUCACGAACAAAUCGCUGGUGGAGGCACUCGCAGGUCAUGGGAUUUGCGUUGCAGGCUUGGUCCAAGUGAAACGAACUAUAUAGAUCUUCAAUGGCCGCAGAAGUGGUAAAACCCUGCAAGGAAUUCAUGUUGGAGUCAUCACAUUUGUCUGUAGUCACUGAACAUUUAUGUGCUGAUGAAGUGGUAAAACCAUGCAGAUGAAGUGGUAAAACCAUGCAGAAUGUAGCGUCCGCAUUCUGUAUCUGUUGUUGAUCAAUUAUGUAUUCAGAUUUGUUUUUUGCGCCUACUUUUGUGCAAUGUAAAAUAAGCAGAGUAUCAAGCUAUCUGAUCAAUGCACGUUCACGAACA